AUGACUACCCGCAAGAGAAAGCAAGAAACCGAAGAGGAGCUCCAGGCCCUUCCUAGUGAUGAGAGCGAAGAGGAGGAAGAAUACGAAGACUCCGAGCCCGAUGUAGAGGAAGGCAGCGACGAGGGCGAACAGGAGGUUGAGGGCGAGUCCGAGUCUGACGAAGACGAGGAAGACGAAGAAGCACAGCCUGAGCCAGAACCUGAAGCCAAAAAAGAAGCCAAAGACAAGGAAGCCAAAGACAAAAAGGAAGCUAAAGGCAAGGACGAAGGCGCACCAGCAGCAAAGAAGCGGAAGACCGUUACUGUUGUCACUGAGGAUGAGGAUAGCGCCGCAAAUGGCGGAAAACAGGAAAAGGAGGAAGAUGCUGAGGAAAUUGUGAUUGAGAGUGCUGCCGAUACCGAGAAGAGUGAACCGGCUGAGGCUAAGGAGAAGGGUGGUGAUGUUCCCAAGGAGUCGGAUGUUGCUGAGGCUGGGGGUGAGAAAGAGGAGUGA